CUGGUUGGUGGGAGCACUAAUUGUUCAGGAAGAGUGGAGGUCUACUACAACAGACAGUGGGGCACUGUGUGUGAUGAUAGCUGGGACAUGAGAGAUGCACAGGUGGUGUGUAAACAGCUGGGAUGUGGAGAUGCUGCCUCUGCUCCCAAUUUAGCCCAUUUUGGCAGAGGCAGUGGGAACAUCUGGAUGGAUCAGGUCAGCUGCUCCGGUUCUGAAGGAUCCCUUACAGAGUGUUCCCAUAGUGGAUUUGGAACACAUGACUGUAACCAUGGUGAAGAUGCUGGUGUGGUGUGCUCAGGAAAUUCUACUGUUAGGCUGGUUGGUGGGAACACAACGUGCUCAGGUAGAGUGGAGGUCUACUACAACAGCCAGUGGGGCACUGUGAUAACUGGGGCUUGAGAGCUGCACAGGUGGUGUGUAGACAGCUAGGAUGUGGAAGUGCUGUCUCUGCCCCCAAAGAAGCCCACUUUGGCAGAGGCAGUGGGAACAUCUGGAUGGACGAUGUCAGAUGCUCUGGUUCUGAAGGAUCCCUUAUAGCGUGUUCCCAUAAUGGCUUCGGAGCACAUGACUGUAACCAUGGUGAAGAUGCUGGUGUGGUGUGCUCAGAUAUACUGCCAAAACCACUUCUCAUCCUUCAAACGGAAAGAAAUUCAUCUUGGGGUCAGCAAGUCCAGAUGAGCUGCUCCAUCUCCACUCAGUACCUGGGUGGGACAUUCACCCUACAGCAGCUCUCUGGGUCCUAUAGAGAGACAAAGGCAGCCUCAGGAACCUCUGCAGUUUUCACCAUCCGUCAGGUGGACUUUGCCCAUGGAGGAUCCUACUACUGCCAGUAUCAAACACAAGUGUCUGGUCACAAUAGCACAUCCUCUGGCAGUGAUCCUGUCAGCUUCUCUGUCCUUGUGUCCGUGUCACAGCCCAUCAUCUCUGUGAGUGCCCCAAAGGGAGAGCUGGUCUUGGGGCCCAACGGCCCAGAGGUCCCCUGGGGCAAAAGCUUCUCCAUCGUCUGCUCCACCAAGCCACAGUACCAAGGAGGCUCUUUCCACCUCACCUCUGAUGGGUCAGCGGAGAUCUGGACUGAGCAGGCGGUCAAUCACUCUGCCUCUUUCGACUUUCCUGAAGCAGACUUUGUCCAUGCAGGAAACUACAGCUGCUUCUAUGAGGUCACUCUGUCUGCACGUGUGUUCACCUCAGGAAGAACAGAUGUGCUUCAUGUGAACAUAAGAGCAUUAUUCCAUCAUGUGCAUCCUUCUGUGUUCUAUGGGCCAACACUUGGGCUGUUGCUCCUUGCGAUAGUCCUGUGCUCAGUGUUGCUGUGGAAGAAAAAGAGACAGCAUAUAUACGCGAUCAAUGACGAGUACUGGCCUAUGACUUCAUUUGAAGAAGCAAAAUUAGCAGAUCCAGUGAAGACAGAGCGGGGACCAUCUCAGCUGGAAGAAGUUGAAUUUGCAUCGUAACACAGUAUACAUGUGUGGAUGAAGAUCUGUGAUUUUGCUUCACUGAUUUGUCAUGAUUGUGCCCCAUCUGUCUGAUGCUGUUUGUUUCUUUUUUGUUUUUCAAAAAUAAUGUCAGAAAUGAUCCUCAUUUUAUAAAUAAAAAGCAUAUCCUCAUCUUUAAUUAGUGUGUGACAGCAAAGGUGAGAUCUAUAUGUACCUUACACAGCUGCUUAUGAUCAUUACAGUAGCCUACUGUACUGUUAUCACUGGACUUUUUAUUAAAUAUUCUUCAGACCA